AUGAAUGUAUAUAGCCUGGAAACAAUUUGCAAAAUCAUUGUAUAUGGAUUUUGGAUUCCACCAGAUCCGGAACAGCAGCAGAAAAGUCGACUUUAUCGCUUAGCUGAUACGCUUUCGCACCGUGUAUUUGGACGCUCAGUAUCUGUAACAUCGUCGAAGAAAGCAAGAAAUGACGACGACGAUGACGCGAAAGAGAGCGAAAAACCAACAAGAAGAUUCCACCAUCGUGCCUAUUAUCACGGCUUCGCGAACACUAUUGACUUUAUAUCGAUUAUGUCGUAUUGGAUCGAUUUCGGACUCAUGAUUCAUCAUUACCCAUACUGCUCGAUUUUCAAAGCAUUGAGUGCGAUGCGACCAUUACGGCUGUUGUCAAUAUUCCGCGGAACAGCUACGAUUCUGAGAUCACUCCUUGUCAGCUGGGAUAUGCUUAAAGAUGUGAUUGGAUUCGUGCUCUUCUUCACGCUAUUGUUUGCUCUUAUUGGCCUGAUAUCCUUUAAAGGCGUGUUUUCAAGACGUUGCUAUGCUGUAGAUCCCAGUGGAGAACAAACCAUCGUGGAUCCACCGCUAUACUGUUCCGGAUAUUACAACGAAUCAACGGUCAUGGGUGCAUACAAUGUAGAGACGGGCGUCCAUAGUUAUCCUGGUUUUAAUGGCUACUUAUGUCGAAGCGGCCAAAUCUGUGUUGAAGACCAAGACAACAAUCCGAAUUUUGGAUUUGUCAACUAUGACACCAUUUACUUUGCGCUUCUGUCGGUAUACACAACCAUGUCGCUGGAGCUGUGGACCGAAUUGAUGUAUCAAAAUCAAGAUGCCGAUUCCAAUGUUUCAGUCUUGUUCUAUUGCUUGGUCGUCUAUGUGAUUAGCUUCCUUUUGAUCUUUUUGAUUUUUGCUGUGAUCACAUCUGGAUUCUCACGCGUACGCGCUGCCAAUCGCGUGAGUGCGUUCACUGGAAAGCGAAAAAGUACCCGGAUGUUACGAUCAGUACAAGUAGACGAUGAACAAGACGAGCUGGUUUGGCAAUAUGAAGACUUUGAGAAUUCAGAUCAGCGCAACAGUGGCACACGAAUGCGGCUCAAAAGAUUGAUCGUCAAAAUAGUUAAAAGCCCAAAAUUUUUCUAUUUUGGUGGUUUACUUGUACUGUUGGACACUGCAUUCAUGUGUGUACGCUCUGUGCAUGCGACUGACCAUAUUUUGGAAAUGCUUGAUAAUGCGGAAACGGCUUUUACCUUUUUUUUUGCGUUCGAGAUUGUUCUGCGCAUGAUCGGAUCCCCUGGAUGGAUGCAGUUCUGGACCUCUGGAAGAAAUAAGGUUGAUCUAUUCCUGGUGAUCGUUACAUGUGUCAUCCAGCUGCCAAUGAUCCAAGAUUCGAACGCUUACAAGUAUUUGACCAUCUUCCAAUGCAUGCGACAAUAUCGACUGUUUAUCUGUAUACCUCGAGUCCGGAGACUUUUGUCAGCUGCACUUGGAACAGGGGAAAGUGUAAUCUAUGUCGUUGCAUUCUUGCUUUUGUGCACUGCAUUAUGUUCUCCGAUUUUCAUGCAAGUCUUUGGUGGCGAUUUUGGAUUCAUCGACCAAGAUGAGAGCGAGCUUCGCUGCGACACGUUCUGGGAAUCGUAUUUGACGUUGAUUAUGUUGUACACAAGUGAAACAUGGACGGACUUUUUGUACAAUGCAAUGCAGAGCCAACCGCAUUUUUCUGCUACUUAUGCGGCUCUGAUUACGUCAAUCUAUUUUGCUUUUGGCCGUUAUGUGAUGGCCGGUUUAUAUAUUGCUGUGAUUCUCGAAAACUUCGAGCUGGACGAUGAAGAAAUCAAGCAAUAUCAAAUCCGACAGUUUAUACAAAGACGCGUUUCCAAUGGUGACGAUCGUCUGCAAGACUUUAUCAACAAAACACUCGGCUCUCUUUAUGUCAAAUCAGACAAGAGCAUGGUGCAAAUACCAAGGCUUCCAACAAGCUUAACUGCUUCGAUGGACAGAAGCUCACUUAUUGAUCUGUUGGUCGGCUAUCAAGACUCUAUAUACCGCAGUCAAGAGAAUGGUGCUAAUUCCAAACCAAAGAAAGCUCCUGGAUUCUUUAAAAGAAUAAUCAGAAAAUGGAAGAAGAAGUCAAAGCAAGAACCGACUGAUUCCCUACUUGACGACGACGAUAAUGUUUACGACUAUGAAUGGAUGGUCGAAGAAGAAAAUCGCCGAGCAAAACAAGCCGACAUGCCAACCUUGAAAUCCUUAUUGGUCUUUUCUUCACACAGCAACCUGCGACGUUGGUGCAAAUCCCUUGCGGGCUCGACAACAGAUGGCCGCACCGAACGACGCAAUCUUUUCAACUGGUUUAUAAUGGCAUGUGUUGUUGUCAGUAUAUUGCUGGUGAUCAUGGACGAGCCUUCGGCGCGUCAAUUGCGACAAGACACCUAUCGCGAGUCAGCAGCGCAUGCAGUCGAUAUUGGACUCAGCAUUGUCUUUGUCAUUGAGAUCAUCAUCCGUAUAAUUGCCGACGGGUUUAUACUGCCUCCAAACGCGUAUUUGCGCAACUCUUGGAAUCGCUUAGAUUUUGUCGUCGUGGCACUUAACUUUGGAGCCAUCUUUGCAGGCAAUAGCGAUUUCGCACGCGCACUAAGUACUGUACGAAGCUUGCGUGUAUUGCGCCUUAUUCGCUAUUUCAGUGGCGUACGGGACGUUUUUGUUGACCUGUUCCACGCGUUUCCUUUCAUGAUGGAUGCUUUGUUGCUGGUUUUCCUGGUCAUGAUAUUCUUCUCUAUCUAUGGCGUCAACAUCCUGGGUGGUCGCAUGGUGGCGUGCAACGAUGAUGGAGUUUCGGGACGCGCCGAAUGUGUGGGUGAAUUCAUUAACGAUGUGGGCAGUGAUGGACCGAUCAAUAUCUUGCAACCUCGAGUAUGGGCGAUUCCUGAAGGAGGGCUGUACAGCUACGACGAUUUUCCGGUUGCGCUUGCUCAGCUGUUCAGUCUCUCGUCGACUGAAGGAUGGGUCGACUCGCUAUUCUUUGCCAUGAGUGCACCCGCUGAUGCCGAUAUCCAGCCACACUUUGACUGGACCUCAUCAUCUGUAUAUCAUUCUAUCUACUAUGUCGUGUUCAUGGUGAUUUCCCACGGUACCUUGCAGCUGUUCGUUGGUGUCAUUAUUGAGAAAUUCAAACAACGCACUGGCAUUACAACCAUGACGACAGGUCAGCGACAGUACGCAGAUUUGAAGCGACAGCUCGCUGAGAUCAAGCCAACACCCAAAGCACAACGUCCAAAAUCCAAGAUUCGGUCUUUUUGCUAUGAUCUCGUCGCAAACAAGCGUGGUCCAUUUAAUAAGUUGAUCAUGACAAUUGUUAUCUUGAAUAUCUCUGCCUUCAGACUUGGCGAAGGCAUCGAUUCGCUUCAAACAUUAUAUCACACAGUCCGACUCUCAAUGCCAACGAUCGUACGCGUUACUGCGGUGUUCAUUCUCGUUAUGUGUCUGUUCGCCAUGGUGUUUAUGGAGCUUUUCGGUCUUACCAAGUAUGGCAUAGAAACCGGACGACAUAGUAACUUCCGUGACUAUGGUAAUGCGCUACUUUUACUGGUGAGAAUUACCACUGGUGAAGCCUGGAACGUUAUCAUGAUGGAUUAUACUGUACAACCGCCAAACUGUGUUUAUUCGGAUGACUACCUCUACACUGACUGCGGUUCCCCAGGGUGGGCUUACUUUCUGUUUAAUAUCUACUAUCUGAUCUGUACACAUAUCUUCUUAAAUUUGUUCACGGCGACGGUUAUUAGUAACUUUGAAUAUGCUUACGAAACAAGAUCCCGAUUCACUCGUCUGACAAAGGAUGAUCUGCGCAGUUUUAAAUACGCAUGGUCUGUUGUUGACCCGGCCGGUACGGGAUACAUUCAAAAACAAGAUGUAGCCAAGUUUUUACGGUUAUUGAACGGAAGAUUGAAAAUAACCAUGUAUGAUGAUAUACACGAUAUCCGACAUUUGCAAACAGUUAGCAAGAAGGGGAUGCCGCCCCCGCCGUCUCCAAGUGCCGAAAAGUCAGUAGAAAAAACGAGUGGUUAUACGACUGGUACCGACAUUGCAGCGAAAAUUGGGUUCAAUGUCCAAGCGGUCAACAAGUGUCUGUCCAAGCUAAAUCCUGAGCUUUUGCGACAGCGGCGCCGCGAGUAUAAUAUCUACUAUCUUGAAAUCCUUGAUACCGCAACAUCCAAAGGAAUAUCGUUUGAAGAUGUGCGCACUAUCAUGUCGUACCGUUUUGUAGAUAUUGAGGACGCAUUGACUAUCGACCCUCUCAUCAAACGCCUCGAAAAAUUGGACCAACUGAACAAAGCGUAUGCGACAGAAAAGGCACGCGGCGUGUUUCUAAUGAUGGCUCAGCGAAAACGGUACUUGCAUGAAUUAUGGCAGAAAAAGAACGAAGACGAGAUGCGCAAGUUGGGCAUCAAUACACGAAGUGGUCUUCAACUGGACACAUCCGCAGCCACGCUUUCACCAAAGAGUCCGCUUUCAUCAGCAACGGAAAAAUGGAGACAACGAUCGCCUCUGCCGACCAUCAUCAUCCAGGACGCGCCACCUUCUCCUCGCCCGAACUCGGAUUGCAUCCCAUCUCCAGCUUCACUCACGGUCCCUGUGUCACCCAUGUCUAACUAUUCGUACGAGACACAAUACGGAUCCCCAAUUAUGGCAAGUGGUGGAGGCAUCAGUAGCGGUGGAGCUGACUCGUUGAACGUUGCAAUUGGUACAGUUAGUCCACAAGAAUCUCCAUACCCAGGCAAUGAACUGGAGGAAAGCAGCAGUAUCCUGCUCAAUGGUGCGCUUUCUCCCAAUUCACCCUAUAGUCCGACGUUAGUGCGUCAAAAUUGGCGUGUGAUUGAUGGAAAUUCAAGCAUGUCACCUGAGUUAGCAGAGUCGUUGAUGGACUCAUUACAACGGAGCCAUUGGUCUGGUAAGUUCUGCAAUUACCAAUCUUCUACCUCGGGCGAGGCCGUGGUAUACUUUUUUCCGCUUAUAAAGUUAGCUGACCAAAACAUGCUCUCUUUUUCUAUCUACAGAUAUGCUUUCAGACGCGAAAUAAUGCAUGUCAUCUUUUUGUAA